AUGCCACAACUCGUAACAGCAGAAAUAGAAGCGCCACCACCAAUCCCAACAGAUGAUGUUGGUUAUCUUGACGAAGCAUAUAUAAAUAGCUUGUCAUUGCGCCUUCAACAGAACCCAAAUUAUAGACCCGCUUCAACUCAGGUCGCCGAGGAUCUCCCUCUGCCAAGGGAAACUACUCAGGACGACACAGAAACUGACGUGACUGAGCUUGAUGAAGACGAUUGGGAAGAAAUCCUUGAGCAGACAAAGCAGAUCUUUGUUGCUUUUCUGCUUCCAAUCUUAGGCAGGUGGCUAGGUCGAAAAUUUUCAUUUUGGGGUAAAGCUUCAGAAUUUUUCAAGUUUCCACAUGGACAAGAUUCGUUGAGUGGUACUAUCAACCCCGUCUCACUGAAAAAACGGAAACGAACGCCUCAACCUAAAGCCUCACAAUUUAAUCCUAAUAAAGACCCGGAAAACUGCUGCUCAAUUGGAUGA